AUGAAUGAUCCAGAAUCAGAAAAGAAGGAUCGAAUAUUAGCAACUUUUGCAAUGGGUGUAAGCAAUUUAACAAUUCUUAAUGUACUUGGAGAAUCAAUACGGGACUUGACUGAGAUUUUGCAAAUAGCAAUUGUAACAAUGGCACGCCUUGAAGAAGCUGGAAUAGCUCCUGAUAUUAUGAUGGUACAGCAUGUUUCUGAACGAAAUGCUGCAAGACUGUCUGAGCCAGAAGAAAAAUUUCGGGCAGCUCUUCAAGAAGCUUUGAAAAUAGCUAAAGAACAAGACAUCGAGAUGGGGAUAUCCAAUACAGACUGUCUUCAAAUUCUUGAUGAGAGAAUAAAAAAAGGUCAACUUCUUAAACAAUUCCGACCAUUUAAAAAUGGAGCAACUGCCUAUGCUCCACCAUCAGUGCAAUACCAUGAGGAUGUUGUUAAUUUAUACAAUUCUAUAAUCAAUGAUU